CACUACACUCGUCACUCAUUGUAUUUCUUUUGGAGUAGCAUCCAAUCAGCAUCAGCCAUGUCUGGAAGAGGAAAGGGAGGUAAGGGCCUCGGAAAGGGAGGAGCUAAGCGUCACCGUAAGGUACUGAGGGAUAACAUCCAGGGUAUCACCAAACCCGCCAUUCGCCGUCUCGCAAGGCGUGGCGGUGUGAAGCGUAUCAGCGGUCUCAUUUACGAGGAGACACGUGGUGUUCUCAAGAUCUUCCUUGAGAACGUCAUUCGUGACGCCGUGACCUACACUGAGCACGCUCGCCGCAAGACAGUUACUGCCAUGGAUGUCGUCUAUGCUCUCAAGAGGCAAGGCAGGACUCUCUAUGGUUUUGGAGGCUAAACCUCAUCUCAAAUUGGGGAUUUUUAGCAUUGUUUACGGAAUUAGGGUUUAUUAUAGUCUCUGCUUCGAUGAAUAUGCUUUUGUUCAUAUUAUAUUGUGGACUAGCUCUUCAAUUGAGUAUUUAACAAUGCUUUUAGUUGGCUCUGAGUUUAUAUUGUGGAUUAGUCAUAGGUAGAAGUUGUUGUUUCAAUCUGAUUGUAGCUCUGGUUUCGUGCAAUACGAAAUUUAUAAUAGUACAUGAUGUUCCGCUUCUGCCUCA